GUACCAGUCUGUUUGUGUGCACAUGGGAAAUAUGCACAGAAGCUGCUGAACGAUUUAUUCUCCAACUACACCAGUGCACUGAGGCCUGUGGAGGACACGGACAACAUACUGAAUGUUACCCUCCAGGUUACACUGUCCCAAAUCAUUGACAUGGAUGAGCGAAACCAAAUUUUGACGGCAUAUUUAUGGAUACGGCAGGUGUGGGUCGACGCCCACCUCAAAUGGAAUAAAGAUGACUAUGAUGGACUCGAUACCAUCCGCAUACCUAGUAGUUAUGUAUGGAGACCUGACAUAGUCCUAUAUAACAAUGCUGAUGAUCACUUCACUGGCCCCAUGGACACCAACGUGGUGAUCCGGCAUGACGGACAGACGAUGUGGGAUUCCCCAGCUAUUACCAAGAGCUCCUGCAAAGUAGACGUGUCCUUCUUUCCCUUUGACGCCCAGCAGUGCAGGUUCACCUAUGGAUCGUGGACCUACAACGGCAACCAGCUGGACAUUCUGAAUGCUAUGGACAGCGCUGACCUGGCUGACCUGGUGGAGAAUGUGGAGUGGGAGGUCCUGGGUAUGCCUGCCAAGAGGAACGUCAUUCUGUACGGCUGCUGUGCUGACCCUUACCCCGAUGUAACCUACACUCUGAAACUCAAGAGGAGGGCGUCCUUCUACGUCUUCAAUUUGCUCAUCCCCUGCGUGAUGAUCUCUUUUCUGGCCCCGCUCGGCUUUUACCUGCCGGCUGACUCUGGGGAGAAGGUGUCUCUGGGCGUCACUGUGAUGCUGGCCCUCACGGUCUUUCAGCUGCUGGUUGCCGAGAUAAUGCCGCCCUCCGAGAAUGUACCACUUAUUGGAAAGUAUUAUAUUGCAACUAUGACCAUGAUAACGGCCUCUACUGCCCUGACCAUCUUUAUUAUGAAUAUACACCACUGCGGCCCAGAUGCCAAGCCUGUGCCCAAGUGGGUCAAGAAGGUCAUUCUGCAGUACCUGGCCAGGAUGUGCUUCGUUUAUGAAGUGGGGGAGAACUGCAUGUCGCCGCAACCAGAGAAACAGGAGCCUCCUCCCUCUGUAAAGACCACCAACUGCACCUUGAAUGGACAGGUUGGUCCUGGCAGAGAGGAGUAUGUGUUGGAGGUGGAGAGGGGAAAAGAAGGAGUCACAAGAAUGAUUUCAGAAGAGAGGGAGGACUUGGAGCAGAUAAUGAGUCCAAUUGGCUCAAUGGGAAGGAACCCCACCAACCACUACAGCGUUUGGAAGAGCGGCAAUUUCAUCAGCAUGGACUGUGGAGACUCGCUGGGGGCUCCAGGGAGGUGCAGGAAGGGAGGCGUGAGUGACGGAGAGAAUAAAGAGAGAGAGACCUCUAGCAAAAAUCAAUGCCAGGAGCAGCAGCUCUUGCAAAACAUUGAGUACAUCGCCAACUGUUACCGAGAUCAGAGAGCCACACAGAGAAGAACUGGGGAGUGGAAGAAGGUAGCCAAGGUUUUGGAUCGCUUCUUUAUGUGGAUAUUUUUCAUCAUGGUGUUCCUCAUGAGCUUCCUUAUUAUGGGCAAAGCCAUUUAA